AGAUGAUAUGACUCGGCGCUAGGACCGUGGCUCUGUCAGUGCGCAAAUCCCAGCAGAGAGGCAUCGCUCCGGCAGAAGCGGCUGUACGCGCAGAGACAGAGAGGCUGUCUGUCUGCGCUGCGGUUCGACCCAUCACCGGCGUGGGAGGCUGCACCUUCCACGGCGCACGGACCUGAACCUGCCAGGCUGCGGAGCCCUCCGUAUGGGCUCACCAUGCGAAGGAUACGGGCCAACGCCAUCGCGAUUCUGACCGUUGCAUGGAUCUUAGGGACGUUUUAUUACCUGUGGCAGGACAACAAGCCCCAGUCGUCGCCGUCGUCAUCGGCUUCGCAGGCUCGCGGCAGGGGCCACGGGCAGAAGGUGAUCCCUGGUCGACUGGAGAUUCACCGGGAUGACAGGACCAUCCCGCUGAUAGUGACCCAGCCCCCUCGGGCCGAGCAGCAGGGCCAGCUGCUGGGCAGCUUCGAUGAGAAGGCUUACUUAGCGGCAAAGCAGCUGAAACUGGGCGACGACCCGUACAAGGACCACGCCUUCAACCUGCAGGAGAGCGACCGGCUGGGCGGAGAGCGAGCCAUACGAGACACUCGACACUACAGGUGUGCAGCUCUGACUUAUGACACAGACCUUCCCUCCACAAGUAUCGUCAUCACUUUUCACAAUGAGGCCCGCUCUACUCUUCUUCGCACCAUUAAAAGUGUCUUGAUGCGAAGUCCGCCAUCAUUGAUUCAAGAAAUAAUCCUGAUAGAUGACUUCAGCUCUGACCCUGAGGACUGCCAGCUGCUCGCUCAGAUCCCCAAAGUGCGCUGCCUGAGGAACGGCAGGAGAGAGGGUCUGAUCCGAUCACGUGUGCGAGGAGCCAACAUGGCCUCUGCUUCGAUCUUGACCUUUCUGGACAGCCACUGUGAGGUCAACACUGACUGGCUGCAGCCUAUGAUACAGAGAGUUAAGGAGGAUCAUACAAGAGUGGUCAGCCCCAUCAUCGACGUCAUCAGCCUGGAUAACUUUGCCUACUUGGCUGCCUCUGCUGACCUGAGAGGAGGAUUUGACUGGAGUCUCCACUUCAAGUGGGAGCAGAUUCCCAUUGAGCAAAAGAUGGCAAGAAGUGAUCCCACUCAGGCAAUAAGGACUCCCGUCAUCGCUGGUGGGAUCUUCGUCAUGGACAGGAGUUGGUUCAACCACCUCGGCCAGUAUGACACCCACAUGGACAUCUGGGGAGGGGAGAACUUUGAGCUUUCUUUCCGGGUGUGGCUGUGCGGAGGAAGUCUGGAGAUUCUUCCCUGCAGCCGCGUGGGUCACGUGUUCAGGAAGCGGCACCCGUACGAUUUCCCAGAGGGCAACGCUCUUACCUACAUUAAGAACACCCGCCGGGCCGCUGAAGUGUGGAUGGAUGAGUAUAAACAGUACUACUACUCUGCGAGGCCGUCGGCUCAGGGGAAAGCCUUUGGCAGUGUCACAGACCGUCUGGCGCUGCGACGGAAGCUGAAUUGCAAACCUUUCCGCUGGUACAUGGAGAACGUCUAUCCCGAGCUGAGGGUCCCUGAGCAGGAAGCAGUGUCCAGUGUGUUGAAACAGGGCGGUUUGUGUCUGGAGACCCGUGGGACCGACGGCCUCGGGCUGGCAGAGUGUAGGGGCCUCGGAGCCAACAGGCCACAGUCGCAGAGAUGGGAGUUAAUAGAGCCGCUGAUCCGGCAGCAGGACCUUUGCCUGGCAAUUUCUGCUUUCACAGCAGGGUCGAAGGUCAAGAUGGAGCCCUGCAAUACAAAAGAGCCGAGACAGAAGUGGAAGCCAAAGGGCACAGCUCUGCAGCACAUGGUCAGUGGCCUCUGCCUGGACAGUCAAACCCCGAUGGGACCUCCAGUCAUUUUACAGUGUCGCCCCCAGAUGGCCAGCCAGUCCUGGGAGCCACAAGUCAUUACCUGAGCCACAGAGAAUGGGAAGAGGGAGAGGGAGGAGCAGAUUCUGGACCCAGCCUGCAGAAGGAAUUGGGGUGUCACGUCUGCACACUGUUUGUCGCCUUGCUGAAGGAUAAAAGUAGUGGGAACUCUACUGUCUUGAAGUCAACUUCUAGCUCCUGCUCAUUGUGUCUUGGGGACAAGAGUGCGCUGAAAACAUUUUAAGACCCUGUUGAACAAAACAUCUAAGGUCUUCUGUGUACAGUGCUUCAUCCUUCCAGGAUGCUUUAGUUCUUCUAAGUAAUCUACGCUUUUCACAGAAAACUGUCACACAUCCCACUUUUUCAUUUCUGUAUCUAUUCUGGUCUACAUGUUGCUUAAAUCUGGAAUAGUGAAGAUUACCCGUAAAGAAAGAGUGCAUAAUGUACUGUUGCUAAUAUGCUGACUUGCACUUGACCCACUCUGAGUCUUGAGGUUUUUGGGCUGUUGAAGCAUGUCUGAUGACUGUGUGGACCAGGGCAGUUUUAUGUGCAGUCAACUAAAAUCUGAAAACAAAUUUUUUUAAUUGUUAUUGCUGAAUGGCAGUCUUGAAACCACCAUGCGAAGCACUGUCAGGAAGAUUAUUUAUUGUUUUUGCAUGGUCAGACCCAAAGAAUGUUUUUUUUCCUCUGUCUCUACAAGGUUUUAUGUAAAUAUUUAAGGCAGGUAAUGGCUUGUUUUGUGUAAAGUUCUCUAUAUGUUGUUUGAAAAAAUAAAAUGUGGUAAUGGAGACAUUGCUGUUGUAGUCAUUUGAAUAAUAAACUGGAUUACUGCA